AUGGCGCGGCUGCGGGACGGCCUGCCCCGCCUGGUGGUGGCGAUCCGGUCCCUGCUCUUCUGGUCCCUGGUCUACGGCUACUGCGGACUCUGCGCCUCCAUCCACCUGCUCAAACUUUUGUGGAGCAUCAGCAAGGGACCCGCGCGGACCUUCCGGCGGGUGGUCCGGGAAAACCCCCCCGCGUGCCUGAACGACCCCUCUCUGGGCACCCACUGCUACGUGCGGAUCAAGGAUUCAGGGUUACGAUUUCACUAUGUUGCUGCUGGAGAAAGAGGCAAGCCACUUAUGCUGCUGCUUCAUGGAUUUCCAGAAUUCUGGUAA